UCGUAAUGGUAUAAGCAUGCGCUGUGUAGGAAAACAUCUUGUUGAACAUUUUGUUCCGCUGUGCAUCUCGAAGACUUGGAUAUUAGGUACUGAUCUCAUUGCCUACGAUGAACAAAGCGGGCGAUUCCCGGGGAUCCGAAACGGGCCGGACCCCAAUCCAGCACGUUGCCGUGAUCGGUGCAGGCAUUAGUGGGGUAGUAUCGGCCGCUCAUCUCCUCAAAGAAGGCUUCGGGGUGACAGUGUUCGAGAGAACUGAUAGAAUAGGUGGCGUUUGGUGCUACGAGGAGCGAGUUGAUCGAGAUCCGUCAUUCCCCAACCUUGUUCCCCCAGCACAGGAUUGGGCAGACGUCGACGCAGAGAACCUGAGCAAAGAUGAGGCCUUGAUAUUGCAUGGGCCUCCAGGACCAUGUUAUGCCGGCUUGAAGAAUAAUGUUCCGACGUCACUAAUGAAGAGUAGUCUCCUUCCUUGGGUGGAGGGGACAGAAGAGUUCAUCGAUCAAGGUCGUAUAGUUCAUUAUCUACAGGAUAUAGCCAGACUGUACCACGUCACAGAGAAUGUGCAAUUUCAUACGCGAGUAGAAAGCGUGACGAAGCCGGCAGAUAAGUGGAUUGUUAGGACAAGUACACUCCGAUUAGAGGCUGACACAUUCUCUAUCUCACGGAAAAGUGAGAGCUUUGACCGAGUUGUGGUAGCCAGUGGCCAUUACAAUAUCCCGUUUGUACCGAAUACUCCUGGGCUGUCAGGCUGGAAAGCUCGCUUCGCAGGGCGUGUCAUUCACUCCAAGAGCUAUCGCACGCCUGAACCAUUUAAGCACAAAACCGUUCUGCUCGUAGGUGCGGGCGCUUCGGCCUUGGAUAUAGCACGUGAGGUCUGCGCCGUGGGCGGCAAGGUAUACCAGAGUAGGCGCGAGUCGAAAUACGACCUUACCGGGCCCCGUCUCCCGCAGGAGGUCGCGAGAGUUGCGAUGGUGGCCGAAUUCAUUGCACACGGGAUCGACUCGUCGGAAGCUCCAUGGGAUGAGCACAGUCAAGGUGUGAUUCCAGGCAAGGUCGUGUUGGAAGAUGGAACGACCUUGAAAGAUAUAGACUAUGUGGUGAUAGCGACGGGCUACAUUACGUCAUACCCGUUCCUCGAAGGCUUGGAGCAGCCGCAUGUAGCCUGGGAAGAUGCGGACGAGACGGUACUGAUCACGGCGGACGGAUAUACAACACACAAUCUCCACAAAGAUAUUUUUUACAUCCCUGACUCCACGCUGGCGUUCAUCGGUGUUUCAGCUCUCGUGUCGACGUUUUCACUGUUUGAUUUCCAAGCUAAGGUGAUGGCCAAGGUGUUUGCUGGCCAUGUUCAGCUACCAGCCGACUCCAUAAUGAAGACUGAGCAAAGGGAACGCAAAGCUCGUUUUCAGCCGGGCGACAGGUUUCACGCCUUGCUCCGGGGGGAACAGGAUUACAUUGGCGAGGUUUUGACUUGGGUGAAUGCCAGUUUGACAAGAGCUGGUAUGCCAGCGAUGGAAGGGAUGGAUGCGAAGUGGCUCAUGGCCUAUGACAACUUCCAUGCUAACCGCCUUUGAUAACGGUGAUGGGUGGGUGGCUGAGGGGUAGGGCUGUUGUACACUACCUACUGAGUCCUGAGUAUGAAUGAUGACGGCUACAAAGGAUCGUCGAUUUGCAUACGCGUACGGAGGACGCAGUGUCUAGACAAAGAGAUAUUAAUAGAUCGACUCACAUGAGAUGAUGAGAUGAGAUGACGGCGGGGUUGAUGUCGCCGGUGCAUGGAGAUUUAUAUAUACAAUACACAAUUGGGCAGGUCGGCA